AUGAGCUUAGAGAAGUUUCUACAAGCAUUCAAGAGUAGAAUGGAAGAGCGAAGGUUUCCUUACAUAACAUCAUCGAUCUUGUCUUUUGGGGUAGGAGUAGCCAUUCUUGGAAGGCCAAAUGGCUUCAAAGACCAAAGUAUAAUAGGAUAUAUUAGACGAGCCAAGGAAAAGAUAUGCAGAUUUGCAAAGGAAAGGGAUAUGAGCAUCCCCACCUUACCCCCACAGGAACAGGCUAGGCCAACCAUUGUCUUUGAUUGUGAGGAUUUUCUUGUGAAAAAGAAGUUUUCGUUUUUCAGCUUUGAUUUCCUAGUUACCAAAAGGUCAUUUACAGAUCUCUUUCUUUUCCAUUCUGCUCACAUAUACGAGUUAGUUCAUGUUUCUGAAUCAUCAGUUAGCUUCAGCAGAUAUCUACUGCAUAGAAUAGAUCCUUACGGCUGUAUUUCCUACAAGGUUUAUUGCAAAGACAAGAAAAUGUUCAGCAGCAAGCAUCUGAACAGGCCCUUAGAGAAGUUUGUGGUAAUUUCGACAAGGGAAGGUGAGUAUCACAGGGAUUUCAAUGAAAACAUUCUAAGGCUUGAAAAGUGGCAAGGAGAACCUGAAUGGGGACUACUAGGCCUUCUGAACUUUCUCCAUAACCUUCACUUUAUUGGAGUAAAAGACUUCAGGGACACGCUGAAAACAUACUUUGGAAAGAAUUUCUAUAACGCUUAUGAAAGAGUCCAAAAGAGUAUAUUUGUACAACGAAAUCUCUUUACUUGGGAUGUAGAAAAGAAAUACAGAGAUAGAGUUAAUGAAAUCAACAAGAAGAGGCAGAAAGAUUUUGAAAAGGCAAAAAGGGUGAUGGACAUGGAUCUUCAGGACAGGGGUGUAAAGGAGGAGGAGGAAGGCUCUAUUCUUGGAUAUGUAUUUAGCUUGUGUAUCAAGGCAUUUAUCUAA